AUGGGAGCCAGCCCUGAGCAAACACAAGGCCCCCGGCGUGCUAUGGGUGGAGAGAUUCCUCGGUCUGGAUCGAUCACAAGUGGUUGUUGCCAUCAAAUCUGUCACGAAAUUGUCCUCUGCACAACUGCGAUGCUCAGCGGCGUAUGGGCACUCGUUGAGCGUCCUCGACUUGCCGGCUCUGUGCGAAGACUACACUCCUCACGCGUCGCGCAACUUGCGACGCCUGCGCCAGCCUCUCCGUCCAAACCUAAAUGGACACCGAACUCUGUGCGGACGGGUGUCAUCGCACGAAAACGCGGCAUGACCUCGCUAUGGACCGACCAAGGCGCAAGGAUACCUGUGACUGUGUUGCAGCUUGAACAGUGUCAAGUGACCGCGAACAUAAAAACCAUGCGCAGGGACCACACCGAAUACCACGCCGUACAAGUCGCGGCGACCGAUAGGCCAGCUAAGACCCUCUCGAAGUCAAUGAUUGGCCACUUCCGAAAGGCGCAGGUGCCGCCCAAGCGGAUUGUGCGAGAGUUCCCUGUGUCGCCCGACGCACACAUUCCAGUAGGCAAGUUGCGGUGCGCUGUGGGAAUCCUUCGCACACUGAACAACCGUUUCAAGGCACUAAGCUCUCUGCCAUUCAUUUUGUGCCGGGCCAGUUUGUGGACGUGGUGGCCAAGGGGUGGGAUCGGCAAAGGCUUUGCUGGAGGCAUGAAGCGAUGGAAUUUUGGGGGACUGGCGGCCAGUCAUGGUGUAUCCGUGUCGCAUCGUUCGUCUGGUUCGACCGGUCAACAUCAGGACCCAGGCCGUGUCUUCCCCGGCAAAAAGAUGCCGGGACGUCUUGGAGGAAAACGCAUAACGACGCAAAACCUGGCCGUCGUGCGCAUUGACACUAGCCUCGACCUUGUCUUUGUGCGGGGUGCGGUCCCCGGUGCCGACGAUGCGUAUGUGCUCAUGUCCGACGCCAAGAAGAAGAUGCUCGCUCCGGCUGCGCACAACCAGGCCAAGGGGCUGUUCGAGAAGGUUUUGCCCACCGGUGUCGACGACUUGCCGUUUCCCGCUGGCACGGCCAAGCUUGCCAAAACGCUGCCUACGAUUGUUGAAUCCCCGGCGUACCGCAGGAGUCCAUUCAUCCCCCAAGAGUAGAGUGUAGCAUGUAUAUAUCUCGUAAUAAUACACCCGAAAACGGAGAAA